GGCUAUUCCCCCGCUUCAUCCACAUCUUCAACCUACCGAGGGGACGACUCGGGAAGUGCCGCCAGCGGCAGCUUCUUUGAUCGCAUCAAGAAUUCGCGAUUUGAAGAUCUUGUAGGAUCACUGGCGAAGCCCAAAUGGGAGGCCAAGGCCGGCAAGCUGGCCCACUUCAAGAAGGACUUCUACGUCGAACACCCGGACGUGGCAAGCAUGCCAGAGGCCGAGGUGGCUCGCAUCCUCGAGGAAGCACAGAUCAAGGUGGUCGACAUCAAGCCCGGCGCCACUCCGCCGCCGCGCCCCAUCGUCGAAUUCUCACAGGCCGGCCUGCCGCGCGCCAUGGUCGAUCGCCUCUCGCGCAACGGCAUCACCCGGCCCUCAUCCAUCCAGACGCAGGCCAUCCCCAUCGCCCUCUCCGGGCGCGACAUGGUGGGCCGCGCGCAGACCGGGUCGGGCAAGACGCUCGCCUUUGCCCUGCCGGCGUGCGUGCACAUCGGCGCCCAGCCGCCGCUCCGCUCGGGCGACGGACCCGUGGGCCUGGUGCUGGCGCCCACCCGCGAGCUUGCGCUUCAAAUUCAGGCCGAGGUGGCCCGCUACGCGCUGCUCCCCGACGGCUCGCCGCUCCGCUCGGCGUGCGUCUACGGCGGCGCCUCCAAGGUUCCCCAGAUCAAGGACCUCCGACGCGGCGUGCACAUGUUGAUUGCGACGCCCGGCCGUCUGCUCGAUCUGCUUCAGAUGGGCGUGACCAACCUGGAGCGAGUCACCUACCUCGUCAUGGACGAGGCCGAUCGCAUGCUCGACAUGGGCUUCGAGCAGCAGAUUCGUGCCAUUGUUGACCAGAUCCGUCCCGACCGCCAGACGCUCAUGUGGAGCGCCACGUGGCCGAAGGAGGUGGAGUCGCUGGCGCAGGACUACCUCAACACGCCCACCACCGUCACCGUGGGCAGCACCGAGCUCUCCGCCAACCCCGACAUCACGCAAAUCAUCGACUACUGCCGCCCCGUCGAGAAGAAGCCCAAGCUGCUGGCUCUGAUGGACGAGCUGCACAAGGCGGGACACAAGACGCUCAUUUUUGUGAACACCAAGGUGUCGGCCGAGCUCUUGAGCGAUGAGCUCAGGGCCAAGGGCAUGAAGGCCGCCGCCAUCCAUGGCGACAAGACCCAGGUCAUGCGCGAAAACGUCCUCUACCAGUUUAAGCGUGGCCACGUCGACUUCCUCAUCGCCACCGAUGUGGCCGCCCGAGGCCUUGACGUCAAGAACAUCGAGUGCGUGGUCAACUUCGACUUCCCCGGUAAUCUGGAGGACUACGUGCACCGCAUUGGCCGUACGGGCCGAGCUGGCGCCAAGGGCACCGCCUACAGCUUCCUCACCAAUUCGCACGACAAGAUGAUCCCCAAGCUGGUGAAGAUCCUCAAGCAGGCCAAGCAGGAGAUCGACCCGACGUUGUUGGAGAUGGCGGCCAGAGCGUCAUCGGGCCAGUCCUUCCACGAGACGCCGUCCUUCGGCCAGCGACGAGCCCCGCCAGGCGGAAACACGCGUCGCGACUUCGGUCGCGGCGGGGAGCGAAAGCUCAAGUACGCCAUCAACAGCCGCGGGUGGAGUGCCGACCACCAGUGA